AUGAUCCUCGGGGUUUAUGAAGGACUUAUUCACACUGUAGACCGGAAGGAUGAUUUUUACUCAUGGCAGGUAGGUAAACAGGGGACCGAUGGUACUUAUAACAUAGAUGCAGAAGACCCAUCCUGUAGUAACUGGUUACGAUUUGUGAACUCUCCCGCCAAAUAUCAGCAAGAAAAUGUCAUCCCUAUAACGUGCGAGAGCAUCAUCUUUUAUAUGACGUCCCGUGACGUAGAACCGGGUGAAAAGCUUCUGGUCUGGUAUGGGGACGGAUAUGGGAGGUUUUUAGGGGUAAACCGUAUACAUCUGGAAGUUGAUCUCAAUGGCUCUUUUGCAUUCCGUGCCAAUGUUUUGACAUUUGACGACCAUGAAAGACUUAUUUUUGAUUAUUGGACACCUGUGACGUAUCAGAACUAGAAUCCAAACGACGAGGGUGAGACGGAGGUUGACC